AAUUGAGGGGAAGAAAAGAUUGGCACUUUCGAGAUUGGCGCAUAGGCCUCUCGCCGGUGAGCGGACGCGAACGGUGACGGACUUCCGGCUUUUCCGCAGUCGCGAAAAGUCAGGAGUCGCGAUCGCAUCGUCGGAUCGUACUGAUAACUGGAGAAGAGAAGAUAUGGAACGCCAAGUGCACGUUGACAAGGAAUACGACAAUUUAAUGAAGCCCAUCAUGAUUGCUGGCAAGUUUGUCUCCUUUUGGCCUUUGAGCAGGGACCAUUCAACCAGUGCGAAGGUGUUCAAGACUUGCCACGUGCUCUGGAUGUUUUUCAUACUCACCAUAAUGUGCGUCGCCGUGACGGCUGAUAUAAUGUACAACUUUAACAAUUUGGACGAAUUGGCGGCAGGCGCUUGCAUGGGCUCUGCAUUUUACCUCGCGAUACUACGCCACAUCGUCUUCUCGUUUCAUCAAAAAGAUGUGCUGUACGUAGUCGAAACCAUGAGAAAAGAUUGGACUUGUUCGUCGUACGAAGAUAGAAUUAUUCUGAAGGAGAAGUGCCUCUUUGCGUUUCGGCUCGCGAAAGGCUUUAUAGUUUUGGUAACUACAACCAUAAUUUCCUUCGCAUGCUUGCCAAUUUUAGAGGUAUAUAUUCUUAAAAGAGAGAGGAUACUUCCCUUCCGCGGUUAUUUCUUCUUAAAUCAGACGAUCUCGCCCGUCUAUGAGUAUAUCUACAUCUUCGAUGUAAUAGGCGGCUGUUUCGGUGGUAGCACGAUACUCGGCGCUACCACCUUCAGCCUCAUCGCGAUAACACACGGAUCAGCCAAGUUUGCGGUGCUGCGAAAGAAGCUGGAGGCAAUAAACAGUAAUAAUCCCGACGCUGACAGAACAAUGAUCAACUGCGUUAAGGAUCAUCAAGAUGCUAUCACUUUUGCGGAUGCGCUCGAAAGAAUUAUAAACAUUUUGGCGUUAGGACAGAGUAUUAUCAGCAUCGGCUUGGUUUGUUUCGCGGGAUUUCAGAUUACUUCGAUGAUGAAAAACAAGACACGCUUGAUGGAAUACUGGAUGUUUCUGAGCUCUGCCAUCGUCGAGCUUUUCAUGUUCAGUUUCAGCGGAAACGCGUUAAUAGACGAGAGCGAUGCCGUGAGCGGAUCGGCUUACUGUAGCUACUGGAUCGGCGGCACUUUCGGUCGCAGCCUGCAGAUCAUGAUGAUGCGGUCGAAAGUUCCUUCCAAGAUCACCGCCGCCAAGUUCUCCAGCAUAUCCCUCGAAAGUUUCUCUCGAGUGCUCAGCACGUCUUUCUCCUAUAUAAUGGUUCUGAUGACCGCGAGCGAGGAGUAAGGAUCAGCAGCAUUGGCAAUCGUAGCGACGGCUCUCACAGAGAAUACGCUAGUCGAUCCGCCAGCCCGAAAAUAUCAUGCGCGGAUCAAAGUGGGACCUCGCCUGGAAGUCACGGCGCACUUUUAAGAUAGCAUAAAAGACGGAUGAAGCGCUUCAAAGGAAUCGGGAUAAAGACCAUGAUGCGCGGCGAAAUGGAAUACGCGUAUAAGGGGAACGGGCUGCGAUGACCCGAGAGAGCCUUCUUAGCCGGGCUAUACUUGUUCUCUGUUAAGCAUGAGAGACGUUCCGCCCUCGCGAGCGAGCACAGGCUCAGUAAAUUACACUCUGAUUAAUUUCCCGCCGAUAGACUCGCGUUAAGCCGCGGCCGUCACCGCCGCGCAACACGGUAACCCAGUAAACUCUGUUAAACACCGAAACAUGACUAUACCCUCGUUGUAGGAGGGGUAAUAAUCAACGAUAUACCGCAACAGCAACGAUUUGUCCUUGCUCGUUUUACCGAGUUCUGUCUACUAAGUACAGGGCGAUCCGUAAGUCGCGGCUUGUUCCACGAUAGAAGAUUUAAAAGUGCGCAUCGCUUCAAAGUCGAGAUGGCGAUUAGUAUUUUUUAAUUUAGCAAACCUUUACUUUCCGACAAGAAUUAGACUCUGACAAGGGAUUUAGAGGUAGAUGCAUCCUUUGUUGGAGUCUUGCGAUAUUGUUAAUUUUAAGAACUCCGAUCUCUUUCGGUCCUUGAAUUUAUAAAUCGAAUGCAGAUCUUUAAGAUUCUCAUGUGCUAGGAUA